AGGGUCACUUGUGGCAUUCGUUUCGAUUGAAUCCGUUGCCCACUUGAGAAUGACGAUGAACGGUGUGAAAGAUCUCGCUGUGCACGCAGUUUUGGUGCCCUUUCCUGCGCAGGGCCAUGUCAACGCUUUGAUACAUUUCGCCGAUCUCUUGGCCGCACGGGGUGUUUUCAUCACUUUUGUUAACACAGAAUGGACUGAGAAACGCAUGUUUGGAAGUGCAAAGCACAAGUCUCAACUGCACCACUCCAAACCCAAUUUUCGAUUUUUGUCAUUCCCGGACGGCUUACCCCCGGAGCACGGCCGCACCUCCCAACUGGGUGAGCUAUUUACAACGGUCGCAAGGCGUGGGCCCGCCUUGGAAGCUCUCCUCCGCACUCAGAGUGGUAAUGGCGUUCCUCCCGUCACCUGUAUCUUGGCCGACUGUUGCAUGUCGUGCACCGCAUCGGUGGCCGCCAACAUGCGAGUGCCAAGGGUCGUCUUCUGGCCUUUUUGUGCCGCUGCAUCUAUUGCUCAGAAAUACGCUAAUUCUCUCCUUUCCCAGGGCCACAUUCCUGUCAAAGUGAGUGAAGGAAAUCGUCCGGACAAAAUGAUCACUACUCUGCCCGGGAAUAUACCAGCUCUACGGCCUAGCGAUCUCAUAUCGUUCUACCGCGAGCAGUUUACAUCGGAUCCCAUCUACGAAGCGCUGCUGUUUGAAUCACGAAUGUGUGAGACGGGGGACUAUGUGCUCGUGAACACCUUUGAGGAACUGGAAGGAAGAGACGCGGCGCCGGCGCUUUCCAUUAAAGGGUGUCCAUCUUUGUCAAUAGGCCCUGUGUUUCUUCCUAACUUUUUAGGAGGGAAGAACUCAACGCUGAGCAACAUGUCUAUGUGGGAGGAAGACGAUAGCUGCUUACACUGGCUCGACAAACAACGCCCGCACUCUGUGUUGUAUGUUUCGUUUGGCAGCUUGGCCCUCAAAUCGCAAGAGCAGUUAGAUGAGGUGGCGCUGGGUUUGGAACAGAGCGGGCAUGCCUUUCUGUGGGUUCUUCGAUCUGAUAUUGCUCAGGGGCAGGCUGCUGUUUUGCCCGAGGGAUUGGAACAGCGGACCAAAGAUCGGGCGUUGUUUGUGAAAUGGACGCCGCAAUUGAAGGUGCUUGCACAUCCUUCGGUGGGAGGAUUUCUGACUCACAGCGGGUGGAAUUCGACCGUGGAGAGCAUAGGCAUGGGAGUGCCCAUGAUUGGCUGGCCUUAUUUUGGUGAUCAGUUCCUCGAUUGCAGAUUCGCCAAAGAUAUAUGGAAGGUCGGUUUGGAUUUUAAGGACGUGGACGUUGACGAUGCGAGGUUGGUGAGAAGAGAAGAGAUAAAGAGUGCAGUGGUGAGGGUGAUGGAGAGCGAGGAGUUGCAGAAGAAAGCUCAGGAGCUGAAGGAGGCAGCAACGAAAGCAGUGAUGGUGGGAGGUUCUUCUUUUAACAACAUAACCACGUUCAUCCACGAUAUGCUUGAACAUGCCAAAUCACAGUCAAAGUCUUCUUCCGUGUACUGCGAGGAAACUCGUGAAAAAGAUGACAACAUGCACUAGAAUUCUUUUGUCGGAUUCGUUGUUAUGUUGCGUAUGAGAUUUGUUUGUCCCGAUUGAGAGUUUCUAGAGAGUAUACCCAUUUCGAGCCUGGUGGACUUUCUGAUAUUCUUUUCCUUUUUAGGUUUUAUAGUCUGGUAUGAAGUUUUUAUUGAUUGAUAAGCUACAGGCUUAGUAGACCGCCGACUAUUGAAACCGGCCCUUCUCCACCGCUUGUUGCAGACCGAUUUCUCCACUACCUACAAUCUAAUCUCACUAAUGUCUUAUCCUUGUCUUCAAUGCCAAAGUCAACCGACUGCAGCAACAACUUAUAGUCUUCUAUUUGCUAGGUUUAUGCAGUUUUCAGUUUUAAGCGUCUUUUAUAAUAUUACUCUCUUUGAAAACCAACAUGUAUCUGCUAUUGUAAACACAAGUAUGUUGAAAUUUGAAAUUAAAGAAUGAUCUAGAAUGGUCUUUGUUUUA